AUGAUCACAAGCUUAAGUGUUUUCAUUGAGGAGGCGUCGAAGCUCGCUGAGACCUGUGGGAGGAUUGGGGCUGCAGCAUACUUCCACGCUGUCUGGAGAUGGAGGAUGAGUCACUUUGAUGACCUCAACAAUUUUUCAAAGCGAUAUCGUGUAUCCUCUAUCAAGUCGGCGUUGAAGAAUGGAUAUUCAACGGUCUAUGCCCACAUGACACAACAACUGCAUCACCAGUAUGGCCUAAUAGCGAAAGACGUGCUACGGAGACUGUUAAUUCACGAAGUUGACAUCGAUCACCCACUAACGUCACACGGAGAGCCAGGAAUGUAUUUGCUCUACUUCAACGGAGGAUCACGGGGUAAUCCAGAUCCCAGACGUACUGGUGCCAUUGUACUACGUGCGGCUACAUCGGUGGUAGAAGCACAAGUGUGCUGGAUCAGCUCGAUGUCUUACCCAUGCAGGUCGGACACCAACAACAUGGCGGAGAACCUAGGACUGCUCCACGAACUCACAGCCUGCGAUAAACAUCAUUUCAAGUCAUUGGCGAUAUGCGAUGAUCAUAAGACAACAUCAGCAAAGAACGCCACCGAAAGCUAAGCACCUCCAAGACUACUACUGGAGGAGUCGUAGACUAGCAAGUAAACUCCAGGUGGUUGCUUGGUAUCACCACCUCCGGAGCUUUUACAAAAUGGCGCACUGCCCAGCCAAUAUGGCAAUGGACACGAAUCACAGCACGCAGGAGAGCAAACGGCGCACAGCCAACGAUGGUCAUUAGUGAUGGAUCACCUAACCGGAGACCAAGUAAACUGGAGAGAUACUAUGCGAAACCAGAUGUCUGAAGGCAUCCUAACG